AUGUUGGUGAUAGUAGCGAGAACGUCCCCUAAGCCAUCUUUUGAUUCGAUGAUUCGACCUCCUAGAGAGCAAGAAGACAAUGAAAAAGAGGAUGUACCCCUAUAUGUUCUAAGCACUACCCUUUUGUCUGUGGAAGCAGAUGUCACAGAAGAUUUUUCUGCUUCACAUGAUAAAAUCAUUGAAUGCAUUACAUCAUGCAUCCAUGUGGCACGUUUGAGUGAUAUUCUUGAACAGCAGCAGAACCUGGUGCAUGUGUUUUUGAUUUCCUUGUCACCUGGUUUUCCUUGGACAGUUAAAAUGUCGGUGUUUUCGUCAAUAAAAGAACUUUGCUCAAGGCUUCAAAACAAUGCGCAUGACUAUCAAGAUACCUCCAUACAUGCUGGCAUGACUCUAGUUCAGGAGUUGUUCUCCUCUGUGUCACCUAAGGUGCUCGAAUGUCUAUCUAUGGUAAAGAUUGCACAGGUUCACAUUGCAGCAUCUGAGUGUCUCAUGGAAGUGACUAAUCUUUACGGCUUGCUUCCAAUGGUUGAUGGGACAGAAGUAGGGUUCAAAGAAGAGCUUCUUAAGCAGUAUGAGGUAGAGAAGAAUGAACAAGCAAAGUCAUUACUAAAGAAAUGUAUUGACAUCCUCACAAACCUUGAACAAAAAGCUAUCCAAACAUCCUGA